AACACAGGCCGCAAGUCGCCCAUCUCAACCGGCAGUUCCGCGUCGUCCUUUUGUCACGGUCCGGCAAGCAGUUCGCAGCUCGGGUGCCCGCUACAGGCUACAGGAAUGGAACCCUUCACCUGUUUCAUGGACGUCGAAAACUCCCGCUCCUACAUCGACGAGCUGUACUCGGAAGAGUACUACAAGUGCCAAGAAGCGAUCGUCUGUCUUAAGAAUGCGGUUAUCGGAUCGAACAAGAAAAAGGGUUCAAUCAUCUCGCAAGGUAUUGUGCCCCGACUGAUUGCGAUACUGCGUGAUGGCGACAAGCCAUUGCAACUUCGCAUCGAUGCCGGCAUAGUGCUCGGAUCGUUAGCCAAGGGAACCGUGUCUCAGGUGCACUCGCUCAUUCGCUACGAUACCGUCGACGUGCUGCUGGCGAUCAUCGUCGACGGUAGCACCGACAAGCGGUUGAUGGAAACAUGUCUCAGUGCGCUCCAAACGAUAGUCCAAUAUCCGUUCGCACCGCUCGAACUGAUCCACUCUAACAUCAGUCACCUUCGACGCUUGAUCCAGAUUGCUUCGCCAUCCACCAGCAUCCCGUGUCAGACGUACGUCGUGAACAUCUUCGUUCCUCUGUGUCUUUCCUCGCAGCAACAGAAGAAUCUGUGCCAGGCCGAUGUGAUACCGUUUCUGGCGCGGCUUAUGACUUCCGACAAUACGACCCUGCAAGUACCUGCACUUAAGUGUUUGGCGGCAAUGUGCUUCACCAACAAAUCUGUCUCGAAUAUCGUACACGCGACCUACCACGGCGACCGUUCGAUACUGGACAUCCUAACCGUGUUAUUGUCACGUACCCGCGACGUACAAGUACAGUUGUCCGCCAGCCGGUGUUUGACGUACUUGCACCGGUCUGGCUCGCUACCGGCCGACGACUAUCGGAUCGUGUACAAAACGCUCCCCUGUUUGGCGCGCCUCUGUUCGGACGAAUUUCAGGAGGAUACCCGCGCAACUGCUGCCGAAACACUCGCGUACCUGGCCGAGAUUGAUUCCGAGCUUCAGCGACUGGCCGCAAUCAGCAAUCAUCUCGUCAGCUCAUUGGCAAAUCUGGUGAAGUGUCCUUCGGUACUGUCACGCCAGGGUGCAUUCCGGUGUUUUGCCUCCCUCGCGGCGAACGACGAAGAGAUUCGAAAGCGUAUCAUCGAAAUGGACGGACUAAUGGAAGAGGUGCUAUGUGGGCUGAAAGACUGCUGUCCGGAAGUUCGAUUAUCCGCGGUGCGUUGUCUGCAUUCGCUCUCACGGUCGGUACAAUUGCUAAGGACAACGUUUCAGGAUCACUCCGUCUGGCGUCCGCUAAUGGAUCUGCUGUCUGGCGAUCCUUCGCUCGAGCUUCAAACCGUAGUGACAUCAACAAUCUGUAAUCUGCUGCUAGAAUUCUCACCUGCCAAGGAACCAAUGCUCGAAUCGGGAGCAGUUGAAAUGCUGUGCGAACUUACAAACCACGUCGAUCCAGCCCUGAGGCUGAAUGGUAGCUGGGCGUUAAUGAACAUGGCCUUUCAGGCCGAACAGCAUGUGAAAACGAAAAUCAUCAACACACUGGGGACGGAUAGAAUAUUUCAAUUACUAGGUGAUCGGGAUGAGCGAGUCAUCAUGAAAACGUUGGGACUGCUGCGUAACUUGCUGAGCAAUACGCUCCAUAUCGAAACAAUCAUGUCGGAACACUCAACCGAAGUGCUUAGGGCGGUGAGUCUUGUACUGGACGACCCGCACCCACCCGAGGUUAAAGAGCAAGCUUUAAUUAUAAUAAGUAACAUAACGGCGGGGGCACGCGACAAGGACUACGUGCUGCAAGAUGAGAAAAUUGUCAAAAAGAUCAGGGAUUUUUUGGUCGCCAGCGACAAUAAGCUACAGAUGGGUGCCGUAUUUGUCGUGCGGAAUCUGCUGGAAAAAAGUGGUCGGCAGCAAGUCUUACGACAGUGGGGCUUCCUGGAAAAUCUCGAACAACUUCUACACAUGACGCCACGCGACUCACAGUUCUAUGAGGACAUAAGACACGAAAUUUUAAGGUUUGACUAUUCAGAAGACCAUUGAAAGUUUGUUACUGCUUGUUGUUGUUAGUUUUCCUCGUCUUCUGUUUAUUUACCUGCAUCUCCGUGAUCCAUGUCUGCGGUCGUGCGCGGCCAGUGGUGAUGCUAUUACGAUAAUCUCAUUUAUUUCGGGGUUUUCGUAGUAGUCUUUUUUCAAUUUCGACAAAAACAAAUCAUUUAACACGGCUUAGUCAUUUUCCUUCGUAGCCUUCACGUUAAUGUUUUUUCCCAGCGAAACACUAUUUAACAACACUCGUGACAGUGCGCUGUAAUCAAUAGAAACAAAACGAUUCCAACUUUUUGUGUUUGUGGCGAAGGGCUGUUAUAGACGAUGCACCGACAAAGAUUGUUGGUAUAAUAUGUUCUUCGGAAUGGAAAUGCUCCCUUUGUCCAAAAAAGGGGAAAAAAGUUGAAUCAAUCAUAAAUGGUACGUAAAACUAGUUCCGUCAUAAGAGAGCAAAACAAAUGAAAAGGCUCAUACCUAGAGCUGAUAUAAGAGAUUUUGUGGUGAUGCGAAAAUGAGGCGUCGACCAGUAAAGUUCGUUUGUUAAGUUUACUCUAAUUUUAUUAAUUUAUUUAAGAUACUAAAUUUAAAAGGAUAUGAAAAAAUACAGUGAACCUACCUGAGCUCCAGUGUGUCCAGAACGGAUAAAUAUAAAAGUUAGAAAAUUGUCAAUCAGUUUCAAACACGGUUUUUGGAAAUGAUUUUGUUAAAUUAACUAACCAACGGCUCACUCGAAGGAAAAGUUUUUUGUCGUUGAAUGAACACCCUUUCGUAUCGUUUCUAUCUUCUGUUGAGCCAAGUCCGAUAAAGUAGAACCUUCUGUCUUCGUAAACAUACGCUCGAGAUCGUUGUUGAUUUGUUUCCGUUGGGGUUAUAGUGAACAACGGAACAUAUUGUGGUUGUCUAAGGUGCCGCAAAACCGCACCGACUGGUCGAAAGGAAAGGAAG